CAUCUGGGUGGCCGUACAUCUGGUAGUUGUUGCGAAUCUCUUCGUCAGUCAGAGCUUUGUACGCCUUGACAAUCUCGACCCAGUCGUCGUUGAUGGAAGCUUCUGUUUCAUUGAGGGCAGGAUUGGGCUGGCGCUUGUCAGGAUGCAUAGUGAUGGACAGGCGUCUGUAGCGCGAGUUGAUCUCCUUCUCUGUGGCAGACAUGCCGAUAUUCAGGAUACUGUACGGGUCCCAGAUCUUCGUCUCGGUACGUGCAGUGACAAGCACGAGGUAGACCAUGUACGCCAUAACGAGCCAUCCUGUGACGGCGGUGAGCAUACGCUUGAGUCGCAGCUCUUUCCGCUUCUGCUUGGCGCGCUGAGCGAGAAUGAUAUCCUCAUUGUCCGGCUUGUAUCCCGAGUCAAUGUGGCCUGCUUUUGCGAGCGCGGAGGUGUCGGUGGGUGUUCGCAGGAGGGAGUAUGUGAGAGGGAGGGUGACCAGAGACGUCAUGGUCAAGACGAAGUAGGGGAAGAAUUGCGCAUCGGCAUCGUAGUUGUAUUCGUUCGACAUGGCCGCGGCGAUUGAAGAGCGCUAUGCGCACGCUUUCCUGUCGUUGUCUGCCAAAACUAAUCCAAGUGAAGGCAGAACGCCGUCAGAUGCAGCCGCAAAGUGGCACACGUUUGAAGGAACGCGAAAGACCAAAGGUCGUCGGUGGUGAGGAGAAAGUCGUAGUGUGUGGCAUUAAUGGAUUCGGAGAGACAGUCGGGCCGUGCGCAACCAGGCCAGGGUCAAAACUCAAAAAUGGUGCUGGUGCUCUCCUUUUGCUGCGCUGUCUCCUGUGCCUAACGCGCUCACGCUGCGCCAUCAUAUAUCGCAUUCUAUGGACACCUGAAUCACCCCGAUCUGUUGUAUUGGAGCGACUGUCUCCUCUGCACUUUUGCCGCCCCCGAAAAUGCGAUUCGACUUUUUGCCUGAUCAUAUGGACUACUGAUGGCCUCCGCGCUGGGGGGCAUGAGCAUGAGCAGGAGCAUGAGCAUGAGCAUGAGCAUGAGCAUGAGCAUGAGCAUGAGCAUGAGCAUGAGCAUGAGCAUGAGCAUGAGCAUGAGCAUGAGCAUGAGCAUGGGAUUCGAUGUUCACCGCGAAGCCCAACAGUGCUGGGUCAGGCAGUUCUAUCCAUGGGAGUGCUAUCUGUCGAUGCUCGAGUGCGCUGGCUACUGGCUACCCGGCAUAAGCUCGAAAUGGCGUGUCUGCGGUUUGAGAACUUCCCACAGCUUAGUCCACACCCAGCACGUCUCGAGAUGACACUGGCGCUCCUGUCACAUCUGACCGCAUGCCUUGACCUGAACCAACUUCGGGGAGUGUUUCUCACGUUUUUGGGCGUCGUUUCAGGGAGAGCGUUGGCGCCACGGAUAAAGGACUUUGACCGCGCGGCGUCCUGGUGUCUCGCUACCUUUGUUGCACACGAUCUGCGUAUCUCGGCAAUAAAAGAUGAUCUUCUUUUCUUCAUGAGAGCAUGCCACUUCCUCACGCCUGCAGACUCCAAUCCCUGUGCGACCUCCACAAAUACGACCCUUGUACCACUUCCAAUACCUACAAUGCAAAUGGAAAAAUCUCAAGAUUUGUCAGAUACAACAUUGACCACUGACAACAAAACUAAUCCGUGUGCAACCGUCAUGCCAUCACUAAGCAUAGAUUCUGUGCACGAACUUCAGGAAGCAACUGCCGACCUCAGCAUAUCCGAUGAGCAUACUCAACGAACCAGAAAGCCAUCUCUGAAGUCGUCGCGGAACGACACUGACUCCAAUAUCAAGUCUAGGAAACGGGUGCAAUUCAGUGAGAAGCUCGAGGAGCAUCGAGAAGUUCCUACGAGAUGGGAGACUCUAUGCGAGCGCAUCAACCUGAAGCCGCUUCAACGAUCCGCAAUUUCUGAUCAUGAGCUGUCUUCCUUCCACGGACAAGCAAAGGCACCCGACACUCCUCCACCCUGGCAUAUUGAGCGUGUCGAAAGCAAAAUGAGCUGGGACUCUGAUGGAGUGCUUCCAGAGACGCAGCAUGACACUUCGACAUCGAUGAGGGGGUCAGUCCCAGUAUCAUAUUUUGACUAUGGGCUUAUCUCGAGGACGACAUCUCCAUUCGGCCCCAGAACAACACAAGUUGUGAGCACAAACGUGACACUGCCCAAAGAUCCACAUCGGAAAAUCGCUUCACGAUCCACAAGCCAUGUAAUGCGCCGACGACUCCACAACACGCAGCAUGCGCUGAAAAGCACUCAAGAGCGGAGGACCUCUCGCAUGUCUGCUUUACGAGCACGACGUUUCAUCCAUCAACGGAGAGCACCUCAGUCUGCUCCUCGAAGACCUAGUCAGAUCGGGCACUUUGAUUCCAGUAUCACACCACAGCUUGCUACUGCAAUUCGACACCCUACUACCCAAAAAGCGAUCAGGCCUUCAAAGCUGGUCGCAUCAAGGAGAGACACCACAACGAGCACGCAGUUGCGAUCUGAAGAAGAGGAUAUCAUUGAUCUUGUAGGUGCGAUGCGAUUCACACGUCCGCGUACUUACAUCGACGACAUGCGUGCUAUCCGCCAGCCUUCCGCUUUCGCACGAGUACUGCACCACGCUUAUGUUCACCGAAUCUAUCAUUGUUCGUCUUCCAAAUUUCCUAAUUACAGUACAGUACUCUCGCGAAGGAUCAACUCAGCUGAUUGCGUAUUCCUACCAAGCUUCGCCGCAGCUGAAGCUGAAGGAAUGGACCCUGGCUUGAUGCCCUGGACGGUGACCAGGCCGAGAUGUGUCCUUGCCGUUCGGAUGAGGUUCCGUUUUCCUCCUCUUCAGCUGUCUCAUGUCUCCACGGGAACACCCACCAUACCAAGCACCUUGAUGACAACAACUCAACCGCUCUCAAACAAUACACACCAGAUCAAACACUUCACUCACCAUUACCAUCCCAUGUACGAAUCAAAAUUAAAACAUAACCCAAAAAUGCCCUCCAACCCAACCCAACUGUCCCUCCUCAACACCCUGAGCUACGCCGACCUCGAAGCAAUAAAAACCCGCCUCGAAAGCGUCCGACACCACAUCCUCCUCCUCCAAAACGCGCAAUCCUUAAUCUUCAAACUCCCCGGCGAACUUCGAAACAAAAUUUUCUUGUUUGCCAUGCACGCCGAGAUUUUGGACCGAAAACAAGGCAGCAAAAAACAAGCAAGUUUCUCCUUCGAGGAACCGGCGUUUUUUCGAACGAGUCGUCAGAUUCACGCGGAAUGCCUUGGACUUUGGUAUCGGGAUGUGGUUUUUUGGGAGGAAUUUGUAGACAGAGCAGCACCAGCACGGUUGAGAAUUGAUUCUGGUCUUGUUGAUGAUGAGGAGGCGUUCAAGGUUUGGAGAAGGCUUGAGAUGCAUAAGGUGAAAGAGAUUUGUUGUGAGAGGAAUGAAAUUGGGAAGUUGACGUUGAUUACUCAGGCAGCGCAUUGUGAUUUGAGGAAGACGAGGGAGAGUGUGGAAGGGAGGUAUGAUAUGGGAAUGCCUGCGACACGAUCAAUGGAAAGCUCGGUCAUCUCUUCAUUACCCAUAGCGGCCGUCUCUACACUUCGGAGUGAAAAAGACUUGGGCCGGACCGCUGAAUAA